UAUCAGUACUUAACCACAUGGUCAGCCUAGUCUUGCAACCAUGCUAUUAAUUUUAAUUCUAGGAGCUGUUAGAGUACCGUAGAAGUAGUUCAGUAUCUGGAGUGGAUAACGGCAGUCAUAACACCACUAGAUAUUUUUGUGGAUAAAGAAAAGAAAUUACUCACUAGUUCUAAUCAUGGCAGCUUCAAACACGUCUUCAGCGUCAACAAACAGUACCUUUACUGAAGAAGACUUGCUUCACGUUCCAUCAGGAUUCCAUGUCCAAACUCAGUUACCCUUACUGAUACUGGCAGUAAUCAUUGUUAUUSUCAACGGAACAAUCGUUGGUUUGUUCGUCAAGAAACGUUCUCUCAGAUCAUUCACUAACUACUUCCUGGUCAGUCUUGCCAUAUCAGAUCUUCUGACUGCCUUCCUGGCCAUCCCAUUCUUUAUAAGCUGUAACGCUACUGAAAAAAAAGAGAUCUGUACUGCAAGUAAUCAGUUUUUUGUCUUCACCACUUUAUCAACUAUCUGCCACAUCGCUGCCAUCACAGCUGAUCGUUACAUCGCCAUCUUGAAGUCACUUCGAUACCAAGAAUUGGUGACUAAGAAACGAGUUCAGCUGGCGACUGCCACAAUUUGGUUGUAUUGUUCAUUCAUGACCGUCAUCCAGUUGUYCUGGACAGUCUCUAGUGAAGAAAGUCUCAACGAYAUACCMGACGAAGWCUACCRGAAGAAGGAMCUUGUCUACACUAUCAUGUUCGUGAUAUUGGGAGUAAUCCCAGUACCGUUCAUGGUAUUGGCAUAUUGCCGUAUCUUUGUACAAAUUCUUCGACAAAACAGMWWARCRCGUCAGCACAAUAGSUURRUGGAAAGKGGRGWYRARMRAMUMYSGACGYKYGAGCUUAGAACUGUUUCCAUGUUCGUAUUGAUGCUAUUGGCGUAUGUCUUCUGUUUGUUGCCUAAUGCUGCUUUGAGAUUGGAGUUGAAUAUCAACGGCACUUUAGAUCGUAUUCCCGUGUACGUCUUACACAUUAUUGCGUAUUUGCGUUUUAUUACGUCUUUCUUGAACCCGUGUUUCUAUGGAUUCGGUAAGCAUGAUUUCCGUAGCGCCGUGGGCGAUCUGUUCAAAAGAUGUCGCCAGCGACGCAAAAAAAACCGCGACAGUUUGCGCACUAGUUCCACUCGAACCUCGGCGCUAUGA